GACAUUUGGGAACGUUUGGCCUAAAAGGGCCGCUGUACAGCGCAGUUUGUUGUAAAGCAAAGCAAUAUUCAUCUCUGGGGCUGCCACUGGUGUAAGUAAGAAAGUAAGAUGCGAACCAUAGUGUGGUCUUGUUCAGGAGGGCUGUUGAAGACGAAGAAUGAGGUGCUGGAAACGAGCACGAACCAGUCCAUGUUCGUGUUUGGCCUUGGUUACACAGGGGUUGAACUUGGAAAGCAACUUCGUACCAGGGGAUGGACGGUUUCUGGGACUUGCCGCAGCGCGGAAAAGAGGAGGACGCUGGAAGAAUGUUACGGAGUGGAUGCUUACAUUUUCGGCCCUGGUGUCAGUCUCGACAACGGUGGCUUGGAGGCAUUAUACCAAGCAACUCAUCUCGUCAGCUGUGUGCCUCCGGACCCGGAUACACUGACAGACACGGUCUUGAAAAUGCACUUGGAGGACAUAGAAGCUCGGUGUCGUGCACUUCGCUGGAUUGGAUACAUAUCUUCCACUGGAGUAUAUGGCGAUCACCGAGGCGGCUGGGUGGACGAAAGCACGCAGGCGAAGCCAGUGGAUCGAAAGUCAAAAGCGAGGGUUGCCGCCGAGAACUCGUGGCUAGAGCUUCAGCACAGUAAUGCGUCAGUGCAAAUUUUCCGAGCUGGUGGAAUCUAUGGUCCUGGUCGGAGCGUCCUGGAUACUUUACAAGGCGCUAGGCAACUAAGAGUGAGUGAAGCGAGGCAUUCCCGUCGCUUCACCUCGAGAGUCCACGUCUCGGACGUGUGCCAGGUCCUGAUGGCGAGCAUGGAGUCACCACAUUCCGGGAGAAUCUACAACGUCGUCGACGACGAUCCGGCCCCGAGAUCUGAGGUUGCGGCCUUUGGAAUGGAGCUCCUGGGAAUGGAACUUAAGGAAGAAUCGCCAGGAAAUGGAGAUGGAGGAAGCGCGGCGGCGGAGAAGCGCGUGAUGAACAAGAGGAUCAAGGAAGAACUGGGAGUGGAGCUCAUGUUUCCGUCGUACAGGGAGGGUCUGGCUGCCGUGGUACGGGCGGACAGCUAGCCAGCCAGCCGGCAACGCACUGCCACGCGUACAGUUAAGGACCAUCCAGUUUAAGUUAGCACUAAUUAAUUCGCCCUUUUUCUUUGCUAAA